UUCCCUCGCGCUCCAACCCAAGAGCUGAGCUGUGAGAUCGGUGUAAGAAACGUGCAGGAAAAAGAGUCUGUGUGGUAGAAACUAGCGAUGGCUUCAUCACUAUCUUUGGAGAUUCAGUGUCCAGUGUGUCUAUGCGACUACACUGACCCGGUGGUCCUGCCCUGCGAGCACUCGUUCUGCCGCAUCUGCAUCGACGGCCACAUCAACGCCAGCCUCGGCCCCAUCCUGUGCCCUGAGUGCAGGCAAGCCUUCUCCUCCACGGACAUCAGGGACAGCCGGCUCCUCCGCAACCUCACUGAGCGCGUCAGGGGCCUGAACCUGAGCACCUCGCGGGGGCGGGCCGAGCCUCCGCGGGCUCCGCGGGCUCCGCAGCCGCCGGGCGACCUGGUGUGUGACCAGCACGAGGAGAAGCUGAAGCUGUUCUGUGAGAGCGACCAGAAGCUGGCCUGCACCAUCUGUAAGGAGCAGGACAAACACCACGGACACGUAUUCAAACCUGUGAAGGAGGCCGCCGACAAAAGCAAGGGGGAACUAAAGGGAGCUCUGGGAUUCAUGAUGAAAGAAAACCAAACCCUCAGUGACCUCAGCCAACGCCAGCUCGCUGAGAUCGCCCAGUGUGAGAAGAGGUCUGCUGGUCUUAAGACUCAAGUGUCCUCCCAGUUUGAGGCGCUGCAUCAGUUCUUGCGUAAGAAGGAGAAGGAGCUGCAGGCCGAGCUGGAGCAGAAGAGGGGGAGGUCUGUGACGGCCAUGCAGCGCAACCUGUCGGAUAUCCAGCGGAGAGCAGUCGAUGGCCGAGAGAAGGAGGUGAUCCUUAGGACCGCACUGGAGAUCCCCAAACCAGAUCAUUUCCUGCAGUGGUGGGAAGACAAAGGAUAUCCUGUUCUAGAGGGGAUGAAAGACAAACGAGAUGGGCAGACAAAGUUCAGGUCAACGGUGAAGAACCUGGUGGUGACCCCUGACCCCCUGACCCUGGGCCCCUAUGAGUCCCACCUGCCCUACUUUGUGUGGAAGGAGAUGCUGCAGACCAUCAGACCAGGCCCUGAGCGUCUGAGCAUGAAAGAUCCAGGAGACUCCUACCUCAAAGUGUCCCCAGAAGGUCACAGUGUUCGCCAGGUGGACAGGAGUGGCGGCAUGUAUAAGAGCUACAACCCCGGCGCCAGCACCAAGCAGACCUUCAAGAGCGGCCGCCACUACUGCGAGCUGGACGUGGGGGGGAAGCAGAGCUGGAGCGUCGGCCUUAAGGUGGAGAUGACAGCGAAGCUUGAGCUGCCAGAGAAGGAAAUCCUGCUCCACCUUAAGAAUGGUGGCGGCUAUGUCUUUUCUCACGAUGGGACUGAGACCCCUGUUUCAAAUGCCCCGAAGGAUCCCCCGCGCAGGAUCGGCCUGUACCUGGACUGUGACAAGCAGCAGGUGUCCUUCUAUGAUGGAGACACCAUGAGGCUCAUCCACUUGUCCUUCUGUAGUUUCCUCCAGCCGUGCUCCAUCAGUGUGUGUCCAGGCCUCUACCUGGACGGGAAGAACGCCAACCCAGUCACAUUCUGCUGGUACUGAUCCAGUAUGCCCACAGCAGGCCAUUAGCUGCUAUAUUUAGAUAUAUUGGUAUACAGCCUUACAGGCGUAGCUCACAAUGCUAAUCCAAUACAAUUACUGAAUUACUGUAAUACUCACAA